AUGUGAGGAUGGCGACCGCCGCUGACCAUCGCCUCGCCAGUCAAGCAGCUGCCACGAGGGAAGAUACGCGCACGGUCUCCUCGCUCCCGUCUACCUCGGCUUUACAAGUUUACAAGAAAGGCACUCGUGAUCGUGAGAAACAUCUUCCCGUGGUCGUCAUUUGUUUGGCGAUCCCCUUAUCCGGUUAUCGGUUUCGUUUCUUCUUCGUGGACGAAAGAGGGCCAAGAAGGUUUGUGAAAACUUCAAGAUUUGAAUAGAAAAUUUAUCUGCUCUGUGUCUGCCUCGUCCCCGCAAGAUGUCCGGCUACUCGAGAAGGCAGUGGGUCACUCUCGUGACCUUCAGCGUCGCCCAGUUCUUCAACGCAGUGUGCGUAUCCCUGCAGGCGCCCUUCUACCCGGCGGAGGCGGAACGAAAGGGCGCCACGGCCACGCAGUACGGCCUGGUCUUCGGCAUCUUCGAGUUGACCGUGUUCCUGGUGAGUCCCAUCUACGGCAAGUUCCUCAACCGUUGGGGCGCCAAGCUGAUCAACAACGUGGGCAUCGUCACGGUGUCCAUCAUGUGCAUCCUCUUCGGCCUGCUGGAUCGGGUCGAGGACACCAGCACCUUCAUCGGCCUCUCCUUCGCCAUCAGGAUCGUGGAGGCAUGUGGCAAUGCCGCCUUCGUCACCUCCGCCUUUAGCAUCAUCGCGAAGGAGUUUCCCAAGAACGUCGGGUCUGCGUUCGCGACCAUGGAGACCUUCUUCGGCCUCGGGCUCAUUGCGGGCCCGACGGUGGGCGGGGCGCUCUACGAGGUCGGCGGCUACUACUUGCCCUUCGUCGUGUGCGGCUGCGUGUUGCUCUGCGCCGCCGUUGUCACUUGCUGCCUCCUGCCGAAGGAGGACUCGGAGGGCAGCGGCGACUCCGGGAACAACGGCGGACAGCUGUUGGCCGCCCUUCGCCUGCCCAGCAUCAUGCUGGCCGCCUUCGCCAUCAUGGCCGCCUCCUUCAGCAUCGGCUUCCUCCAGGCCACACUGGAACCCCACCUGCGGCCGCUGAAGCUGUCGCCCCUGCAGAUGGGGCUCAUGUUCGUGCUCAACGGCGCCACGUACGCCCUCUCGGCGCCGUGCUGGGGCUGGCUCUGCGACAAGAAGCUGUCUCCGCGGGGCGUGACCGCCUUCGGAGCCCUCGUCGUCGUGGUGGCCUUCACCUUCGUCGGCCCGAUGCCCUUCCUGCCCCUGGACACGUCGCUCCCCAUGUGCAUCGUGUCCCUCGUCGUCCACGGCAUCGGCUUCGGGGCGGAGCUGGUGGCGACCUUCAGCGGCGCCCACCGCGACGCCAUCGCUCACGGCUUCCCCGACGACCUCAGCACCUACGGCCUCGUCUCUGGGAUCUGGACGUCCACCUUCGCCCUCGGUUGCUUCGCUGGGCCCUCCAUCGGGGGCGUCCUGCUCGACAACAUCGGAUUCAAGUGGGCGACGGUGGUGGUGGCGGUACUGCACGCGCUGGUCGCUCUCGUCACGGCGCUCUUCGUGUGCACGGGCAUCGGCAGGACGCCCGCGUCUCCCCUAAGCGUCAACGGCUCGCUCUCCAAGGCGGAGGAGGAGAAACGCCGUCUGCUCGGCAAUCAGGAGGGCGACGUCGACUCGACCUACGGCAGCGCAGGUUCGUCCCAAGAAUACCAGCCCAUCUAAUUCUCGCGGAGCUGUCGAGCGACGCAGACCACUACUGAAAGGCAGGCGGCAAGCAGGGGAAGGAACUUGGCUUGGAGUAUCAGCAGGAGUUUGUCUGCUAGAUUACCUUUUCUCCUGCGGGCCGUGUGGAGAUUAGGAGCAGCUGUUCUUUGGUGCUGUGAUAGGGUGAACGGCAGCUUCCUGGAAAGACAACCCUGAACUGGGAUGAGCCGUCCUUAACGUGCGUUGCCUGGUAUAAGGGUAUUUAGGCGACUGUACGUUUUUAUUGAAGCCCAUUGUCAUAUACCCUUAUUUAUGACCUAAGCACAUUUUGGUGACCUUACCUGGUCAAGUCCAAUGAAAGAAAGGGUCGGGUGUAGUAAAUAGAUCCUUACCUAGUAGUCGGUAUUCCUGAUCCAGAACUAGGGAUUGACCUUUGGCCUAGCCUCAUGUUUUCUAUUGGACUGUUUUAGAUGCUUUGGUGCUUUAGAGGUUGUCAAGAAUAGACAAAUAGGUUUCUGUUUGUCACUUGGGGUUAAUAACGUUUGAUAACGUGUGCAAUUUACCUUUUACGUUGUGUGAAAGUAAGCUAAGUUCAAUAAAAGUUAUGUACAUGCUCAUAAAUGCUGUAAAAGUUAAAUUGGAUUUUUUUUAUUUUGCUAUUGUUCCAUCACUUGUUGAUUUUGUUCCAAAUUUGGUGGCUUUCAUUAACAUUAUUAAAUUUUUUGGGCCGUUAAGAAUUUGCUACACGAAUAAAUGGGAAUCUGUUAUUUCAUGUAGUGAUAGAAUAUGGUGCGAUUAUAUGAAUGGCUAUAUAUUCCAUAUUAUUCACUCGGCGAAAGCUGCAUUGAAAACCUGUGAUAUGCAACAUUAGUCAUAUUUGACAUAAGGAGAUUAUAACUUUUGGUACGUUAUAUACCUUUCAGUGAUGUACUUCACUGUAUUUUCUUACUGAUUUCAUCCAGUGAUGUAGUUUCGCGAACUACGUCGUUUUUGUAUACAUACAUUAUUGAUGUAUUUUUUUUUGUUAAUAAAAGAAAAAUUGGUAA